UCCCGCCCGGCGUGUGGCGCCCGGACCGCCGGUACCGCGCGCCCGCCGCUCCCGGACAUGCGCUAGGCUGGGGCCCGGCCCCCCGCGACGGCAUGGCCCGGCCGGUGCAGCUGGCGCCAGGCUCGCUAGCGCUGGUGCUGUACAGGCUGGAGGCGCCGGAGGCGGGCGCGGAGGAGCCUGGCGGGCGCGCGGUCUUCCGCGCCUUCCGUCGCGCCAACGCGCGCUGCUUCUGGAACUCGCGGCUGGCGCGCGCCGCCUCGCGGCUGACUUUCCAGGGCUGGCUGCGGCGCGGGGUGCUGCUGGUGCACGCGCCUCCCGCCAGCCUGCAGGUGCUGCGCGACGCCUGGUGCCGCCGGGCGCUGUGCCCCCCGCGCGGCUUCCGCAUCCGGGCGGUGGGUGAUGUCUUUCCCGUACAAAUGAAUCCAAUAGCUCAAUCUCAGUUUGUACCUUUGGCUGAAGUUCUUUGCUGUGCUGUGUCUGAUAUGAAUGCUGCCCAGACUGUGGUGACCCAGGAAUCCCUGUUGGAGCAUUUGAAGCAACACUUCCCAGGCAUUGCAAUUCCAUCUCAGGAUGUUCUCUAUACCACCCUGGGAACCCUGAUUAAAGAAAGGAAAAUUUAUCACACUGGAGAGGGAUACUUCAUAGUCACUCCUCAGACUUACUUCAUCACAAAUACACCCCCCCACAAAAAUAACAGAGAUCUAUCCGAUGAAAGUCAGCGGCCGACUUGCAUUACCUAUCUGGUGGGCGUGGCCAGCUGUGCAGAGUCCGCCAAAGAAAAUGCUGCCCCCAUUUCCCAUUGUCAGUCUUGCAGGUGUUUCCCUGAUCCCUGCGCUCAGGAUGUAGAGGCAACACCGGCGGCUGCAGAAAGGGCUAGAAAUGGCCAGAAAGGUCUUCAGGAAACCAGACCUUUGGUACAGAAUCGAGCAGUUUCAGUGUCUGGGGAUAAUAUCAUUAGUGAAAGCGCCAAACCGUUACCAGACACAAAAGACAGAGAAAAAGGCAAGAAGUUUGGCUUCAGCCUCUUCUGGCGUAGUAUAUCCAGGAAGGAGAAGUCCAGAAGAGAACACAGCAGUUUCUCGGCCCAGUUCCCACCAGAAGAAUGGCCUGUUCGAGAUGAAGAUAACUUGGACAAUAUCCCUCGAGACGUCGAACAUGAGAUUAUCAGACGAAUUAAUCCCAUUCUGACCGUUGACAACUUAAUCAAACAUACAGUCUUAAUGGAAAAAUAUGAAGAACAGAAACAAUAUAAUAGCCAGGGCACUUCCACUGAUAGGCUGACCAUGAGGCAUAAAUAUCCUUCAAAAGAGGGAGGUAGGAAAAGGCGGGGCCGGUGUGGGAAGCCUCGAAGGCGGGGCCAUUCUCAGAGGAAUAGGCACAGAGUGGGGAGCCAGGGAAGCGAGCCUCAGCCAGGAAGCAUCAAACUGGAGAAACAUCCCAAGAUCCCUGCUGCACAGCCCAGCCCCCAAAUUAACAGCCUAAAUGAAGCAGGAGCUCAGACACCACCUGCUGAGAAUUUAUCAGUGCUGGGUUCCCAUUUGAUUUACAAGAAGAGAAUCAGUAAUCCUUUCCAGGGCUUCUCUCACCGAGGGAGUCCAACGACCAAAGUGCACAACAUCCAGACCAGUGAUCUGAAACCCCGUCAGACUGGACCAAAGGGAAAACCUUUCCAAAGGUCAAGGUCUUUGGAUUCCUCAAGAAUCUUGAGGAGUGAAACCAAGCAGCCUCUUGCUGAACAAUGUGAAGAUAAACUGAUGGCAGAAUCCAUCUGUAUGAGUAACCUGACCGUCAAACCUCUCUGCGAUGACUUCAGAGGUCCCCUCUUAAAUUACAGUCAGUGUAGCGUUUUGCAAAAUGGCGGUGAAUGUUGUUCCUUCCGGGAAAGCAUGUUGAGAUAUGAUGUAUACGGUGGAAAAAACGAGGUAAUCCCUGAAGGCUGGAGGAAAAGUUAUUCUCACUUGGACGCAUUAGGGGAGGCUGAAGAAAUACAGCAUGUCCUGCCAUCACAAGGUUCCUCUUUAGGCCAUGCCUCCCCUGCUUGUAGAUUGGUUGAUAAAACAAUACACCAGUUCCAAAAUCUUGGUCUUUUGGAUUACCCAGUUCAUACGAACUCUUUGAGACAACCUGAGAGUCAAGACAGAGACUUAGAAGAAAUAGCAAUGAGAAAGACAUUUGUCCAGGAAGCGGAGACUGUGGGUCUAGAAGAUGAAGGGCUUUCUGAUGAUAACCAGGCCUUGGAUCAGAUUGAACUAGAUGACGAUGAUGGUGCCUGUAGUUCAUUGUAUCUAGAUGAGGAGGACUUUUCCGAGAACAACGACUUAGGUGAAGUGCUGCCUGACCACAUUCAUUGUUCCUUUGCAGGGAGAAGCAAGUGGAAUCAUUUGGGAAGACAAAAAGUGACUGAGAGAUCUCUGACUGAGUGCAGCAGUAAAAUACACAGGUCUGAAACUCAGAAGCUUAAAGGAAAUGAAUGUUACAAACCCACUGGGUUUUUCACUAACCCGGGUGAAAGCCAAACACCUAAUCUCCCUGCAGAAAGCAGUGGUCUCAUUUCGGGGACUCAGCUCAGUUUUAGCCACGAAGAGGAACACAGCGUUGCUACCUGUGUACAAGAGUCGGCCUCUGCUGAUGGAAGGAUAUUUGGUUACUAUAGCACGAGGAAAGCCGAUUCUGAGACUGAAACCCUGCAAGACCCUGUUGGUGACACAGGAAAGAAACCAGCGAGCUGGAGUCAGAGUGCUCGGAAUCAGGGAAUGAGAAAGCAGUUCACACAAAAGGUAGAACUUUUCAACACUUCCCAUAUGCCAGUGUUGGCUCAGGAUAUCCAACAUGAACACAGUCAUUUGGAAGGAACAGAAAAUCAUAGCAUGGCUGGAGAUAGUGGAAUAGAUUCCCCACGGACACAGAGUCUGGCAUCUAAUAAUUCAGUCGUUUUGGAUGAACUCAAAAGAAGACAGAAUUUUCUGCAGAACUUUGAAGGCACAAAGAGCGGUCAAACACUCACAUCCAAUUCCUUACUACAACUAACUCCAGUCAUAAAUGUUUAAUUCUUAGUUUUCUUUUGGAUGCUUUUUGAUAAAAAUGUACAGAUUAAUAUAGAGUAUUUUAAUCUGAGUAUAGAAGAAUUCUGUAAAGCGAAGCAUAGGUGCUGUUAAUCUCAUUACACAUUUUGUUAUAGUUGCUGGCCCCCCCUUUUUUAUGUUUUAAAGCUUUUUUUUUAAGCUUAUCUUACUAUGAAUUUAUUGGGAAUAUAUAGAAUUUUCCUCAAUUAAAAAACCAUAAAAUCCUUGGUCCUUUUACAAUUAAAUAUAAUUAACUCAAAUUUUCAGACACUCAUUAGUUUCUCAAAUACAUAGGGUGAUAAUUUACUAUACCUAGUAGUGAAUUUCCCUACCCAUACUGAUAGUGAUUGAGUUCUUAGGUUAAGGUUCUCACAAGAUUUCAGCACAGAAAUCCAGAAAAUAAUGUGUUAGGGUUAUAUAGAUCCUUUGUUUAUAACUAAUGUCUUUUAUCAUUAUCAGAAAGUAUUUAUAUAGAUGUUUUGGGUACUCUGCAACAAUAAUUUUUUCUAUCCAAUCAUUGCCACCAAGGAUCUUCUCUGCAACCACCUUGAACAUGAACAGAUGGCCCCAAAUCAUAUUUACUGGCAGCAUCUGGGUCUAUUUUUUCUGGUUCCUCCUCACAUUUGAGGUAUUCUCUAUAGCAUGGCGAUGAGAAGUCAGGGUGUUCUCAGAUUGGUGGAGAUAGAAGAGAAGGAGAAUGGUUGCAGAAUGGUUUGUGAGAGGAGGUUCUGAAUCAAAGAUUUAUAGAAAAAAAUGGAAGAGGAUGAUAGUUUAUUUACACUUGAUCUAUUUCCACUAAGACUUAGAUAGCUUUGCUAGAAUUUUUUUCUGGCUGGCCUUUUUAGACCAGGUAGUGGAAUGGUCAGUUCUCUUGGGUCUGAGGAACAGGGAGCAGUCAAGACUGGUUUCAGCAUAUUGGAUAGAUGCUAAUGCUGACUUAUGGAUGAGGGGGUUUCUUCUAAGAGGUUUCUAAGGAUUGUCAGGGCCUUAGAUCUCAAGCAUGAUUGAAUAACUUGAGAGUGCCUCUUUUAAUUCUCACCAUCCUGAUAACAGUGAAGGCAAGUUGAAGCUCAGCACCGUGGAGAGCUGCCUCCAGGGGCUGGGUGUGUGGGGGGUGGGGGGGUGUUGCAGAGGAGGGGAGAUCAGAUACACUGCUGGGUUUUGCAGUGGUUUGGCCCACUCGCUCCUGACUGUUGACUUUUAGUGGCUCUGCACAACCUACCAUGGCAUCCAAGAUCAGCUGUGGUCAUAAGGACAUUUGAAAUCCUGGACAAAGUACCAAGAAGGGUAAUCUGUAUAGCAAAGGCUCAUAGGGGAGAUUUUGGUUUAGGGGGUCUUAUAGCUCAGAAUCAUCAUCAGUGAAUGAAAGUUAGAAGAUUUCAGCUCAUUUAAAGAACUUUCCAUUAGCCAAAACUAUCCAUAAAUGAAACAAGACACUUUUAAAAAAUAUAUUUUAUUUAUUUGAGAGAGAAAGAGAGAGAGAGAGCAAGCGAGCGUGCAAGAGCAUGAGAGGGGAGAAAGUCAGAGGGAGAAGCAGACUCCCCAUGGAGCUGGGAUCCCGACGCGGUACUCGAUCCCGGGACUCCGGGAUCAUGACCCGAGCUGAAGGCAGUCGCCCAACCAACUGAGCCACCCAGGUGUCCUGAAAUAGACACUUUUAUAAAUGGAUGUACUUCCCAUUAUUGAGGGCAUUCGGGCAGAGGCCUGGUGAUCCUUUGAUUGGUGUGUUGCAGAGGUAUUUCCAGUACAUAACAGGAUAGCUGAACUAGAUGAUUUUGAAGAUUCUUUCCAAUUGUAAGGUUUUAUACUUAUAAAAUUCAGUGAGGGUUAUAUAUCAAAUAUAUUUCAAGGAAAAAAAAAAGAUUAAGUGAGGAUCCUGCAAAGUACUAAAUUCAUGCAAGAAUCCUAAGUUCUUCCAGUUUUCCAUUCCUGUACCUAUCCUUGUCAGUCCUUGCAAAAAGGAUUAACAACUCUGUCCGUUCUUUGAUUUUGGACCUGGACAAAUUUCCUAAUAGAGCGAGGAAUCCAAAGUCUUUUGUGGCUCUAGUCACAUGUAGGGACCAAUGAAAUCCACCUAAUUUUACCACUAGAUGCACUAUGACACUCCCUAAAUGUAUUAAAUGAAGCCUAUUAUGAAGCCAAUAAAACUUGCCUUCUACAAAACACAACAUAUGAUUACAGAUAUUAAAGAUGGGUAUAUGUGUGAAUUGUUUGGGAGAUUACUCCUAAAAUAAAUGACUUGUAUUUUUACCCCCAAUAUUAAUUUGUAUGUGAUAACAUUAGUUCUUGAUUUCUUGUCCCCAUUGCCGUCUAUUCUCUAAGGCGAAAACUGUUUUCUUCAGGCAGAAUGAUGAUCUGAAUUUAGGAAUCAGACAAGUUUGAAUCCCAAUUAAAAUCAUUGGGAGCUGUGUGAUGGAGGAAAUUUCCAAGCUUCUUUCAGCUUUCUCAUCUGUAAAAGGGAGAUAAGUGAUGAUGUAUCUACCUUACAGAACUGUUGUAAGAUCUGAGGCUAAUCUACUCAAGGUGCCCAAUGCAGGAGGCACCUGAUAUCGUUAUAUAUGUGUAUAUUUUCAAUGUAUUUAUAUAUUCACAAAACUUGUCUGGUAGGUGAAUACAUGGCCUACUAUACA